CCGCGACAAACCGAGGGUUAAACAGCCGCCAAGUGUACAGCUACUAUACAGAUAGAUAUAUAUAAGGCCCGACCCCGCCAGCAUCCCAAUUUGCAGUAAUCCUCUUUGCUUUGCCAAUCCAAAAAACCAACGCCAAAAACCAAAUCAAGAUGGCCGCCCCAGCACCAGCACUCAAGGAUCUGCCCAAGGUGGCCGAGAACCUGAAGAGCCAAUUGGAGGGCUUCAACCAGGACAAACUGAAGAACGCCAGCACCCAGGAGAAGAUCAUUCUUCCCACCGCCGAAGAUGUGGCCACCGAGAAGACCCAACAGUCGAUCUUCGAGGGCAUCACCGCUUUCAAUCAGAACAACUUGAAGCACACGGAGACCAACGAGAAGAACCCGUUGCCCGAUAAGGAAGCCAUCGAGCAGGAGAAGGAGAAGAAUCAGUUCAUCGCCGGCAUCGAGAACUUUGAUGCGAAAAAGUUGAAGCACACCGAGACCCACGAGAAGAACGUGCUGCCCACCAAGGAGGUGAUCGAGGCCGAGAAGCAGGCUUAAAUCCGAUCCGAGAUCGUCUCUAAUUUUCGUCUCGCCGCAUCUCACUCUUUAUGAUACGUAUAAAAAGCUAUUCCCUCUCUCAUUUCUCCACUGCUACCGAGUAAUUCGAACCGCUGCGCAUGCGCGUGGUUGCAAGAAAGUAUUUUACCACUAUCAUAUUCCGAUUGUUUUCCUUUUUUUUGCCUUAUAUUUUUUUUAAUAUGUAUACUUUUUUUUGUAUUAACAAGCAAGAGAGCCAGUCUCAUUCCUACAGCGUAAUUAACAUAAAAUAAACAUUCGUCUAUCCCGUAUAUUUGUGCAUAAAUGUUUCCAAAACACGCGACACUCAAACACACAUCAUUAUCAUCUCGAAAGGAAUGGAAAGAACGCAGAUACAAAGCAAUACGACAGCCAACUAAAAAAACACUCAAAAACACUUACACAAAACUAAGCAAAAAAGAAAAGACAGCAAAUAUAUGAGAAAUACUUUUUUAAAAAGACACGAAACACACGUAUGAAGCGUAUAAAACAGAAAAACAAAAGGAACUACGGUAGAGAAGCAUCUAUAUAAAGAGUAUGUGUAAUUUUUUAAUGAACUUUUUUUUAUAUACUUUACAUACGAUAUAUUUAUACUGGGAAAAAAUAAAAGAAAAACCAUAAAUGUAA